AUGAUCAGGAUAAUGAAAAUAUUGCAAAUGUUGAAGACUAUUAUGAUUAUCGGCAGGCAUAUUUAAAAACACUAAUAGACUCAGUUCCAAAGGAAUCAAUUCAAGAAGUUAUUUGGAAUAAAGUUGAAUUGGCUUCUAAUGAGCCUUUUAUUGAAACAUCAUCUAAAAGUUUAAAAAGUUCACAUAGUGAUAUUUUGCAGAAAACUUAUCCUAUUCCUAAACAUUUUAAUAAUAUUCAAGAAGAUCAGGUUCACCAAC